CCCCAGCUUAGCAGCAGUAACGCCAUUUUGCAAGGCUGUACUUAAGAUGACUGGUUCAGAGAAAGGUUAAAACACUGAGUACAAAGCGGCUGCCAAGCAGGAUGUGUUUGGUUGAAGGCCUGGCAACAGGACGACUGCGGUUGAGCACCUGACAAUGAAAAAAGCCCUGGGAGAGGUCCCACACCCUGGUGGGGGGCCGAGUCAGUCGUUAUGUUCCAAGAAGGUAGCUAAGAAACUUGCCCCCGGGCUGAACCCUUGGGGGGCCGAGUCAGCCGUUAUGUUUCAGGAAGGUAGCUAGGAAACUUGCCCCCGGGCUAAACCCUUGCCAUAUUAGAAUCCACCAAUUAUAUUCCUGUAACCAUGCAUCUGCUUCUGUAUGCUUGCUUCUGCUCCCCAAAAUCCUAUAAAAGCCCAUCCUUGGUUCCGUGGGGUGCGCCAGUCCCCCGAGUGACUGAAGCGCCCGCAGGUGCCUGUGCCUGUGUAUCCCGACAAUAAACCAAAUCCUCUUGCUGAUUGCAUCCUGUGGUGUCUCGGUCUGGUCUUUGGAGUUGGAGGGUCUCCAUCCCGAGGGAAAGUUCUCCCUGAGAGCUUUUCAUUUGGUGCGUUGGCCGGGAAAGGAGAUCCUCCACCCAGGGACCACCGACCACCCACUGGGAGGUAAGCCGGCCGGCGUCUGUCUGUCUGUCUGAUUUUGUCUCGUUCUGCCUUAUUCUGUCUGUUCUGUGAGUGCUCAGCCAGGUCUGUUCUGUGAGCGCUCAGCCAGGUCUGUUCUGUGAGCGCUCAGCCAGGUCUGUUCUGUGAGCGCUCAGCCAGGUUGUUUGGAAUUUGGGCGGGACGAAGAAGGAGCUGACGAGCUCGGACUUCUCGCCCCGCAGCCCUGGAAGACGUUCCAAGGGUGUUGGGGCCCGACUUUUCGGGGCCCAAUCUGGGAGAGGAGAAAGAUCCGGACUAACGGCACCUCUGUCUGUAUUUUUGGCUUUCAGAGGGCCCCGGACCUUUGCCACCUCCAUCUGACUUUUUGCUUUCAGUUUGGUACCAAAGCCGUGCAGCACGCCUGUCUGUUGUUUGUUUGACUGUUGGUGUUGUUUGUUUUCUCUGUGUUCUAAUCUUCCUCAGAACUAACAUGGGACAGUCCCUAACAACGCCCCUAAGUCUCACUCUUGAUCAUUAGACAGACGUCCACGACCGGGCACACAACCAGUCCGUCGAGGUUAAAAAAAAAGGAAAAUGGCAGACUCUCUACACAUCCGAGUGGCCCACUUUCGGAGCGGGAUGGCCAGUGAAUGACACAUUUAAUAAGAUCAUUAUUUUACAGGUUAAAGAUCGGGUCGUCCACGGACAUCCUGACCAGGUUUCUUAUAUUAUCACUUGAGAGAGUCUCGCAUUAAAACCCUCCCCCUGGGCGGAACCCUUCGUGGACCCGAAUUGGCCUCCCCUCAACCCCCAGCCUGUCCCCUCGGCCCCGCCCGGUCCGCCGGCCACGUCUUCCUCUCUCUACCUUUGUGAAAUCAGAGCCUUCUAAGAAACCUGUCCUCCCGGCAGACCCAAACUCCCCUCUCAUAAAUCUUCUCUCUGACAGGCCCGGCUAAAACGGAGGAGGCAGAGCCGCCAGCCAGAUCAGUUGCCGGGCCACAGUCUGAUAAGGGUUUCUCCCCUGUCGCAGGGAGAUUGCGCAAUAAGCGCGAGGUGAUGCCAGAUACAACCUCCCAGGCUUUCCCACUUAGACAGGGAACUGGUGGCCAGACCCAAUACUGGCCGUUUUCAGCAGCUGACAUUUACAAUUGGAAACAACACAACCCUUCUUUCUCCAAAGAUCCGGUGGCACUCACCGACCUAAUAGAAUCUGUUUUACUUACCCACCAGCCUACUUGGGAUGACUGCCAACAGCUCUUACAGGCCCUCUUAACCUCAGAAAAAAAAAAACAAAGAGUGUUCCUAGAGGCCAGAAAGCAUGUUCUGGGAGAUGAUGGGCGUCCCACCCAGCUGCCUGAGAAAAUUGAUGCUACAUUCCCACUUAAAGAGACCAAACUGGGAUUUUAAUACAGCUGAAGGUAAGGGACACCUACGCCUUUAUCGCCAGUUGCUUCUAGCGGGUCUCCGAGGGGCUAUACGACGCCCUACUAAUUUGGCUCAGGUAAAACAGGUAUUACAGGAAGCAGGGGAAACUCCCUCCACCUUUCUAGAGAGACUUAAGGAGGCCUACCGUAUGCACACUCCCUAUGACCCAGAUGACCCAGGACAAAUGACGAGUGUCUCUAUGUCCUUCAUCUGGCAGGCUGCUCCAGAUAUCAGGACUAAGUUACAGAGGUUAGAAAAUUUGCAGGGCUAUACAUUACAGGAUUUACUUAAAGAAGCUGAAAAGAUUUUUAAUAAGAGAGAGAAUUGAGUCGAAUCUUGGCCGCCGUAGUUCAGGGCCAAGAAAGGAAGGGAGAUAGGGGGGAGCUCGAAAGGGGCUAAAGCUGGAUAAAGAUCAAUGUGCCUAUUACAAAGAGAAAGGGCACUGGGCCAGAGAGUGCCCCAAGAAGCCUGGCGGACCCCGAAAGCCUCGACCACGAACCUCCCUCUUGGCUCUAGAUAAAGAUUAGGGAGGUCAGGGCCAGGAGCCCCCCCCCUGAGCCCAGGGUAACGCUUAAAGUUGGGGGGCAGCCGGUUGCUUUCCUGAUAGACACAGGAGCCCAGCAUUCAGUCCUCACUCAAGCUUCAGGACAACUCAGCGACCGGACGGCCUGGGUACAAGGAGCUACUGGUGAGAAACAAUACCGAUGGACUACGGACCGCCGGGUUCAGCUGGCUACUGGUAAGGUGACCCAUUCCUUCUUACAUGUUCCGGACUGCCCGUACCCUCUGCUGGGCCGUGAUCUGCUCACCAAACUAAAAGCACAAAUUCAUUUUGAGGAAGGAGGGGCCCAAAUAACUGGCCCCCACGGAACUCCCCUUCAAGUUCUAACCCUAUAAACCGGGACAGGACACUGGCUUGGGCAGAGACUGGUGGGAUGGGGUUGGCGCUCCAACAGCCCCCCUUAAUUACACAGUUAAAGGCCACUACAACUCCAGUCUCCAUAAAACAAUACCCCCUGUCACAUGAAGCUUAUCAAGGUAUAAGGCCUCACAUUAGGAGGCUUCUAGAUCAAGGCAUCCUAAUCCCCUGCCGGUCGCCUUGGAAUACGCCUCUUCUGCCUGUUAAGAAACCCGACACUGGAGAUUAUAGGCCAAUACAAGACUUGAGAAAGGUCAACAAGAGGAUAAAAGAUAUUCAUCCGACUGUUCCAAACCCUUACAAUUUGCUUAGUAACUGUUCAUCGAUGAAAAACAGGGGUAUGCUAAAGGGUCCUAACACAAAGGUUGGGACCCUAAAAACGCCCUGUGGCCUACCUGUCUAAGAAAUUGGACCCUGUGGCCUCCGGCUGGCCACCGUGCCUAAGGAUGGUGGCUGCUAUUGCUGUCCUGAUCAAGGACGCUGGAAAAUUGACUUUGGGACAGCCACUCACCAUCCUAGCACCCCACGCAGUGGAGGCCUUGGUAAAGCAGCCCCCAGACCGCUGGCUCUCUAAUUCCCACAUGACCCACUACCAAGCCUUGUUACUGGAUGCAGAACGGGUUCAGUUUGGGCCCGUAGUCGCCCUCAAUCCUGCCACCUUGCUUCCUCUACCAGAGGAGACAAAACAACAUGACUGCCUACAAAUCCUCGCAGAAGUACAUGGAACCAGGCCGGACCUAUCGGACCAGCCUCUUCAGAAUGCUGACCACACAUGGUACACGGAUGACAACAGCUUCUUGGCAGAGGGAGAGCGAAAGGCUGGAGCUGCGGUCACUACGGAGGACAAAGUGAUUUGGGCGAAAGCCCUGCCUGCUGGUACCUCCGCACAACGGGCUGAACUCAUCGCCUUGACUCAGGCGCUCAAGAUGACAAAAGGUAAGAGGCUAAAUGUAUAUACAGACAGUCGUUAUGCCUUUGCCAUGGCACACAUCCACGGGGAGAUCUACCAGAGGCGGGAGCUGCUCACAUCUGAGGGUAAAGAUAUUAAAAAUAAGGCUGAAAUUCUGGCCCUCUUAGAAGCCCUAUUCUUGCCCAAAAGACUGAGUAUUAUACAUUGUCCAGGACACCAAAAAGGGCACAACCCAGAGGCACGAAGAAACCGGCUGGCCGAUGCCACGGCGCGAGAAGCGGCCAUGAGCAAACAAAUCUUGCCCUUAAAUAGCCCAGACCAACCCACGCCCCCACCAGUGGGACAAACCAGUUGGGUUUAUGCCCAUGAGGACAUAGAGCUCCUAAAAAAAUGGGGGCCAUCUACCACCCUCAAGAAAGACAAUUAUGCCAAUAAAAAUGACUUUUGAAUUGAUCUCCUUUCUACAUAAAUUAACCCAUUUGGGGUUUAAGAAGAUAAAAACCUUACUAGAUCGGGAAGAGAUAAAUCUGUGUUUUUUUGAAUCGGGACAAAGCGAUACAAAAGGUGACUGAGAGUUACAAAGCGUGCGCUCAGGUUAACCCGGGAAGGACCAUGAUUGGACAAGGAGUUUGUCCUAGGGGACACCGUCCCGACAUCCAUUGAGAAAUUGAUUUUACUAAAAUUAAACCAGAUAUAUAUGGAUACAAGUAUCUCCUAGUGUUUGUAGACACCUUCUCAGGAUGGGUCAAAGCCUUCCCCACGAAGCACGAGACUACAAAAAUGGUCACCAAGAAGCUCCUCGAGGAAAUCUUUCCCAGCCCUUCUCUGAGGGCCCAUUUACAGGCCCUACAGAUUGUGCAGAGAGACGUCUGGAGACCUUUGGCCGCUGCUUACCAGGACAAGCUUGAGCAUCCGGUGGUGCCACACCCGUUCCAGAUUAGAGACACCGUGUGGGUGCACAGACACCAGACCAAGAAUCUCGAGCCACGGUGAAAAGGACCCUACACCGUCCUCCUGACUACCCCGACCGCCCUAAAGGUAGACGGAGUCUCGGCUUAGAUCCACACACCACACGUCAAGACAGUCCGGUCUGAGGAAUUGACUAAUCACAACACUACACCCCAGACAUAGAGAGUUCAGCACACUCCAAACCCCUUAAAGUUAAAACUCCUACGUGGCUCCUCCUAGCCCUUUUGUGGCCUAGAGUCAGUGGGGGAAUAAGCCCCCACCAGACAGAAAUUUCUUGACCAAGUCGAGUGAAAGAUUUCACUCAAAGUUAGCAAAAAAAAAAUGGGGGAAUGAAAGACCCCAGCUUAGCAGCAGUAACGCCAUUUUGCAAGGCUGUACUUAAGAUGACUGGUUCAGAGAAAGGUUAAAACACUGAGUACAAAGCGGCUGCCAAGCAGGAUGUGUUUGGUUGAAGGCCUGGCAACAGGACGACUGCGGUUGAGCACCUGACAAUGAAAAAAGCCCCGGGAGAGGUCCCACACCCUGGUGGGGGGCCGAGUCAGUCGUUAUGUUCCAAGAAGGUAGCUAAGAAACUUGCCCCCGGGCUGAACCCUUGGGGGGCCGAGUCAGCCGUUAUGUUUCAAGAAGGUAGCUAGGAAACUUGCCCCCGGGCUAAACCCUUGCCAUAUUAGAAUCCACCAAUUAUAUCCCUGUAACCAUGCAUCUGCUUCUGUAUGCUUGCUUCUGCUCCCCAAAAUCCUAUAAAAGCCCAUCCUUGGUUCCGUGGGGUGCGCCAGUCCCCCGAGUGACUGAAGCGCCCGCAGGUGCCUGUGCCUGUGUAUCCCGACAAUAAACCAAAUCCUCUUGCUGAUU